GUGCCUCGCAGGGUAGGCGCCUGGGCUUUAAGAAGGGGCUGGGGAGCCAGCGGGGAUGGGGGAGAACUGUCCAGUCAGAACCGAAUUAGCCGCAGCUGCAGCCGGAGCCGAAGCCUGGUACUUAGAAGGAGUAGCGCAGCCGUCAUGUCUCUGCAGAGUGAUUUUCAUAAUGCCGCUGAAGACGUCAGGAAACUAAAAACAAGGCCCAAUGAUGAAGAACUCAAAGAACUCUAUGGACUCUACAAACAAUCCAUUGUUGGAGACAUUGACAUAGAGUGUCCAGGAAUGCUAGAUUUAAAAGGCAAAGCUAAAUGGGAAGCAUGGAACCUCCGGAAAGGUCUGUCAAAGGAAGAUGCCAUGAGUGCCUAUAUUUCUAAAGCAAAAGAGCUGAUAGAAAAAUAUGGGAUCUAGAAUAAUGCUUGCCGGAAUUAUUUUUCAUUAUGAAAACUUUCUGCUAACAUAAAAUAAACUAACAUUUAAGGGAAAGGCAAUAUUAACUCUUCAUGUUUCACCUCACUCCCGAAUAUGAGUUGAAAUAUUGAACUAUAGUCUGCAAAAGAAACUUAAAUAUAUUUUUACUUUCUUCAACUAUACAGAAAUUUGUGCUGUAUUUUUUUUUUAAGAAAAAAUAUUGGUUUGUGUGAAAACUGGGUAAAAAUAAGAAAAUAGCUGCAUACUCAUCUGGUCUGAAAACGUGACACUGAUAUUUAUACACUCAU